AUGUCCCAAAUUGAUCUGAAUAGUACCUUCGGGGCGCUUUAUAUCGGCGGUACUAUCGGCGCAAUUCUUUUUGGUCUGAGCAACGUCCAAGCGUUUCUCUACUUCCAGUCACGCAAGGGCUCGGGAUUCACAUUCUACAAGCUUGCCGUAUCCUGGCUCUGGUUACUCGAUGUUUUGCAUGUCUGUUUGGUGAAUCAUCUGAUAUACUAUUAUCUGAUCACCAACUACGCAAAUCCACCCGCACUUCUCGAGAUGGUGUGGAGCUUCAAGGCGCUGAUAAUCGUCGACGUAUUUAUUGUGUAUAGCGUGCACAGCCUAUACAUACAGCGUAUAUGGAUAAUUAGCAAAGGGAGGACAAGAAUUUUGCCUGUCUUCAUGACGGUUAUCAUCGUCCUUGCAUCGGGCAAGUGUAUUGGAUUCGUCCUGGCCUGGGCUGUAUUCAAGUCCCACCUAUUUUCGGACCUGUCCAAGAUCCGGUGGUCCAUCUACCUGAGUUUAAGUGCAAUGACUCUGAUUGACUUUCUCAUCGCCUCUUCAUUGUGUUACCUUCUUAUCUCUUCCAGGACGGGGUUCACUAAAACGGAUAUAACUCUUCGGACACUCGUAAGAGACAUUAUCAAUACAGGAUGCUUGACGAGCAUGUGCUCGAUGGCGUGCAUCAUUACGGACGCAGCAAUGCCAAACAACUUCGUCUUCCUUGGAAUUGAAUUUCUACUGUCCAAAUUAUACGUGAACUCCUAUAUGGCUCUACUGAACGCGCGUCAUUACCUAGGGUCGGAUGGAAGCCCACACAGUUCACAAAACCGACCCCCACACGUCUACCGCCCAGAUGUGCAAGUCAACAUUUCACAUGAACUACAAGACAGAUCUCCCCGAACAUCCAAAAUGGACAGAUUCCAGAUGUCUGACACCGCCCUGGAACACCCGACUUAUUACUCUCCUGCUGUGACGGGAUAUGCACAUUCUACUGCGGUGGUUGUAUAGAUGUAAGAUGGGAGUCUUUCUAUUGGGAACUCUUUCGUGAGCUUGCUAUGGUAGACCAUAUUGUGAAAUGUUUAGCCAGACGUACUUGUUCGGUUCUAGCAUUUGUUAGUCCAGUUUACACGUCAUUCAUGCUUAUAUCCCGGUGAUAGAUUAGCUAGAAUUGAAUCCAAGGAUCAUCCUUCUCUAAAUAAGCAAAGCCGAGGACGGUAGGUCGAAGACUCGAUGUCAAGGUGCACAGUAGUAC